AUGGCUAGCUCGGCCGCGAGGGGUGCAGUCUCUGUGCAGAAAAAGUCUGCGAUGAGUGCGUCCGGGCGGCGGUCCAUGGCGGCGACGGCGGAGCGGAUAAGGGGCAAGGACUUGCGGACGGUGAGGCAGAUUUGGGCCACGACUGGGGUGGAAGGGGUGACGAGGCGUGAGAUGUCGGGCGGGGGGAGGUGGAGUACAUGGAUGAGGUCGUGGCGAAGGUGGAGGAGGCAGGAGCUCGUCUCCGGUGGGGAUGAUGUGGCGGCGACGGUGAUGACGAGGACGGUGACGUGGACGUUGUGGUGGGCGGCGAGGCGUUGGGCGAGGACAAGGGCGGGGAUGAGGUGUCCCAUUCCUGGGCUGGAGACGAUGGCCACGUGUAGGGUAUCCAUUCAAUGUAAGUAA